UCUUGCACGUGUAAGAAAAAGUUCCGAAAAAAGUGAGUUUUCCGUAAUUAUAUUUGCAUAUUAUAUUUAAAUCAAAGUUGCGAUAAUGUAGUAUUCGAUUAUUCAUAAAGUGAUUGAAAUCUUAGUGAUAAAGUUCCGCUUUCUCGUCUCGAAAAUUAUUGUGCACGUGGUCAGGUUAAAAUUUACAGAUUCGUAAUUUGCAUCGCGUUUUUGUUAAUUAUCUCGUAUCCAUAACUUGAACCCAGAAAAGAAAAAAGUGCUGUGUAGAUUAUUAGAUAAUUAUUUUCUCAAUCACAUAAUUUUUUAUUCUUUUUUUCUUAAAAAUCAGCAAGUGGAAUACUCGCCCCUGAGCAUAGGCAAUUUUCCUUGCGUCUUGAGUUCGGGUACAAUCUGAAAGUGGCGCUAAUGUAAUCGUCUCAUUGAGCGGGAACGCGAGUGAUCGAGUGUUACUGUUUUAUAAAUUAUCACAAAUAUAAAAAGAACUUUAUUUUUACAUAAAUUUAAUGAAUUUAGUAUUAUAUUUAAAAAAUUUUACUUUAAAAAUGUUUUGUGUGAAAUACGGGGGUUUAAAUUUCGCGCGCCUUCGUAUGCGCAUGACGCGUACGACUUGAAGUUGGCAACAGAGGUCCUCGCGAUCGCCAUUUUACUUUUCAAUAGUUUGUCAAGUUAUCAAACAUUUUACGUAACAUUUUAGUUAUUUUACAGUUAUCAUUUAGAAUUUUCAGUGUGUAAAGUAAUAAAUAUUAGUUCUCAAAGUGCUUAAUAUACGUACACUUAACUAAAAUAGAUAAAAUUUUCACUUGUGUACGAAUAUACAGUGUUCGCGUCGUUCGCCGGUAGAUUGAUGUCGUGAGUAGGAAAUGUUAAAAGUAUACAUCAAUAUUUUGUUAAAAAACACAUUAAUCUACUAUAAAUUUCAAUAGAAAUCGAGUCAAAUAAGUUUAUAUUUUUAUUAUUCAGUUGUACAGUAAGCUAUCUUUCCGCGAGUAAAAAUCUUGUUUGCUUUUCAUUCCUUCUGAAAGUGAGGUUAUGUUUAUCAAUUGUCGGAAUGCCGGUUGAAAUAAAUUCCUCAUUUGUUUUGAUUGCAUUGUUAAAAAUCGUACAACUAACAAUGGAUCGAGUAUUUAUGAAAACAUUCAAUGUGUUUUAAAUGUUUCUUGGAUUUAUUUUCGAUUAUUCUCGUUUAUCGUUAAGAUAUAAAUACCGUUUAAUCGUUUCGAACAUUUUCACAAAAGUUUGUAAACGGAAAAUUAGAAUGCGAAUUUGAAUAUUUCGAAGGUAUAAAAGUUAGAAGUAAGCAGUGCGCGUUUUAAAGCAGAAUAAAAGUGAAGUGAAUAAAGUUUCCCUUUGGAUAAACGGAUUACUUGGAUAAACAGCAGGAGAUUCUGAAAUCUGGAUUGGACAAUGGGACGCUUUUCAAUGAAAGGUGAUCCUAUGAUAACAUCCUCUCUGAAGGGAAAACAAGGCAAAGAUGGACCCGAUGAGAAGAAGGAUGCUGACGGUGAGCUUUGGGGUAACGUCGAAGCUCAAGCUGCCUUUCUUGGACCAAAUCUUUGGGACAAAACACUACCCUAUGAUGCCGACCUGAAGGUAUUAAACCAUUACGUGGACCUGGAUGAAUUUUUAUCCGAAAAUGGCAUCCCGGUGGACGGAGGAGUGGCUGGUGGUGGGCAGGGUACAAUGCAGGGAGGACAACUUCACAAGAUCAAUGGGAAUGAUGUCACUGGACAUCAGGGACCAGCGGGUCUUCAUCUCGAGCCAAUAACGAAACGUGAGAGAUCACCAUCGCCCAGCGAGUGCUGUUCGCCAGACACUUUGAACCCGCCAUCACCGGCAGACUCCAAUUCCGUGGAUUCGUCACGAAUACAAUAUGGCUUGUCUCUUGUAGCGCUUUCGAUGGCGUCAUCGGGGCGAGAUUUCGAUCCCCGGACUCGCGCCUUCUCCGACGAAGAACUCAAGCCCCAGCCGAUGAUCAAGAAAUCCCGAAAGCAGUUUGUUCCGGAUGAUUUGAAGGAUGACAAAUAUUGGGCACGUCGUAGGAAGAAUAAUAUGGCCGCAAAACGUUCAAGGGAUGCGAGACGCAUGAAGGAGAAUCAAAUAGCUCUCAGAGCUGGAUUUCUCGAAAAAGAGAACAUGGGCCUACGGCAGGAGUUGGACCGGUUAAAGAACGAGAACAUGUUACUUCGUGAUAAGCUCAGCAAAUACACGGACGUCUAACCGGGAGAGUAUUUCUGCUCUUGCUCUUCGUCGACUCUUUCUCGCCGCACUUGUAGUCAUUUUACGAAAGUCAUGACCGCGUCGUAGAAAAAAAAUUCACACACACAUACACUCAAAAAAGAAAAAAAAAAGAAAAACGAGGACACAUUUUUUUCUUUUUGAAACAAGAAAAAGGAGAAAAAAACUCACGAAAAAAAUCUUUUCCUACUCAAGAAAAAAAAAAGAAAACCAAAGGAAACUAUUUCAAAAGAAGGACAGCAGGAAAUUUUUCGAAAAACAUGCAGAGUUAAUCGUAAAAGAAAUAGAUUUUUUGUAAAGAAAUAGUUUUUCGAAAGAAAAAAAAAAUUGAGAAAAGAUUUUCAAGAAAAAGAAAUGGGGAAAAAAGGAGAAAAAGUUUUGGAUGAAUCAAGGCGCAGAAUAUUGGAAAAUUAGUGAGAAAAAGAGACGGACGACGAGGAAGAUAAAGAAAAGAGAGAGAGAGAGAAGGAGAAAGAAAGAGAAGAGAGGAAAAGAAGAAGAAGAAAAGAAGCAGUGCCCUUAAUUUUUACUUCCUUUUUUUUUGCGCAAUAUCUUUAUCUCUGUCGUCUUCCUCUCGUCCAAAAAUCCCUCCUUCCUCCGAUCCUUUUUUACUCCUUUCCCUCUUUUCUUUUUUUCCCCCCUGACCCCCAUACACAAUUAUUAUUGUCCUCUUUUCAUCACUUGUACAUAGUUAUAUGUAUAGUUAGAUUAUAUAUAAAUAUAUAAAUAUAAAUGAUAUCGAUAUAUCCUAAUACAGUAUGAACAAUACUAGGACAGAGAAAAAGAUAUAUUGUUUAUUAAAUAAUUGUAUCUGCGCCUACCGAGAGAGAAAGAGAGAGAGAGAGAAAAACAAAAUUUCACGCAUAUUUACAGAUAUAGAAAUCCUAUAAUAGCAGGUAUAUUAUAAUAUACAAUUAAACAAAAUCAACAGAAUGAUUAAAAAAAAAACUCGAGAGAAAAACGACCCACACGUAUGUUAAAUGAAAUAAAUCUCGCAUUAAAAAAAUUAACGAUCAAGUUUUAAUACAGGCUCC